UCACUGCCCUCCGUCCGACAAGGUCAUCUUCCUCUCCGCCUCUCCUACACUCCUCAAGAUGAAGGUGUUCGCACUGGUCCUCUGCCUCGCCGCCGCUGCCUCCGCCAGGAUGGCAUACCGCUUCUCCGACGGCUACCUGGACAUCCUCGGCGCCGAGCCCCUGCAGAACUUCGACUGUACCGGCCGCGCCUACGGCUACUACGCCGACACAGACGCCAACUGCCAAGUGUUCCACGUGUGCCUGCCCAUCACCGACGAAGCGGGCGAGGUGGCGGAGACGGCGCACUACUCCUUCAUGUGUAACAACGAAACCAUUUUCGACCAAGAGUCCCUGACCUGCAAUUGGAAGGAUAACGCCUUCCCCUGCAGCGAGGCCCAGACGCUCUACGACCUCUCCAACGCUGAAUUCGGCAGGAUACCCGAGGGAGGCUUCGAUGUGGUCCUUGAGGGAUCCUCCAACGUGCCCGUCGGCGCCCCUGCCCCCGCCCCCGCCCCCGUCCGUGCCAGGUCUCAGAUCACCCCCACGGCUGCCGCUGAGAUUGAAUCUGAGGCUGAGGCAGAGGCUGUUGAGCUGAAAUCUGAGACUGAGGCUGAGAUUGAGCCUGAGACUGAGGCUGAGGCUGAGGCUGAGGCUGAGGCUGAGACUGAGGGUGAGGUUGAGGCUGACGCGGUUGAGCUGAAAUCAGAGGCUGAGGCUAACGCCGUUGAGGUUGAGGCUGACGUUGAAAACACUCCCGAGGUUGCCGCCCCUGCCGCUUCUGUCGCCAUCCCCGCCAGCGUGCCGGUCCUGGCCGCAGCUGCUGCAGCCGCAGCUGCCGAGGCUGAGGUCAUCACCGAACUGGCUCACGAACCUGAGGGUGAGGCCUAGUGACCUCCUGACCCUGCACCCUCACCCCCGCCUCGCCCCCGCGGCCCCGAUGCUCCAGAACGCUUCAUGCUUCACUUCACCGUCAUCUGUGAUAUUUUUAUACUUUCGACUCUUUUUUUAUACUUUUUACCCUUUUUAUAUGCUUUUGACUAUUUUUUAUAUUAUGGAAAUGUAAAUGACAAUAAAAUAAUGCUUCUGA